GCAGAGCGCAGCGGCUCUCAGCGCUCCAGACAGCGCCAUUCAUGUGAGCGGACCUCGGUCACACCUGAGAGAGCCGGGAGAGCGCUUAAUCAAGUAGAGCAGCUCCGCAGGUGACUUUCCACCGCAGGCUUAGACUUCGGCUCCACUGUCGGCAACUUCGGCGUACUUCCCAAAAAACUCACCGGAGUAAAGUUCAUAGAGAAACCCGGAGCUUUGCAACUUUUGCCGCAUAACUUCGCAGCGUAAAUUGGGAACCUGUUGCUUUAUUGACGUUAUGUAAUAGCUCUCUGUGGUUGGGAAAAGAGGCAGUAAACCUAGAUAGUCCAAAGUUUGUUUUGUCGCGAGGCUGACUUCAUUUUCCUCCUACCUGUCAGUAGCCCCCGGAUUAAUCACUUGAGGAAUGUGGUGUCAUUAGGACGGGAGCUGAGAGCUGAAAGUUCAGUAGAAACUUCAACAAGUGCGUUAAGUUCAUUCUCACCAACUUGGCGUGCUUGGAGGAACUUUUACAAAAGGGAUCAUGGCAACGGGUGGAUUUAAAUCAAACGCAACGACGGACUUUCUGGAGGAAUGGAAGGCCAAACGGGAGAAAAUGAGAGCGAAAAUGCUUGGGGACAUUGCCGCAGCCACCGGUGCGCCCCUGGGCACCAGCAACAGCAACGGCAGCAGGGGCGAGACGCGCGCCGCCGCUCCGGGCCCCGAGCCCACCAACAACGGCAACCCUGACCGAGGAGGAGGCGGCGGCGGCGGCGGCGGCCCCGCUGGGAACUGCCUGACGCCGUGCCCGGUGGCUCGGUCCUCCUCCGGCUCCGCUCUGAAGAGACCCGAGGAGGAAACGCACCACCCUGUGCACCCUGCACCCACCGCCACCGCCACCCCAGUGAGCAACUUGAAGAAGACCCCGCCGCAGAGUGAGAAAGCUCAACAGUGCGCCUCCCAGGACUCCAGCCCCUCGGCAUGCCAUGACAGUGACAAGGAGAGCCCCUCUCCCAGCAAGGGCAAGGAGAAGAAGAGCUCUGGUCCCAGUGCCAGGAAGGGGAAAGGGCAGAUAGAGAAGAGGAAGUUGAGGGAAAAGCGCAGAUCAACAGGUGUUGUCAGCAUGCCUUCCAAUGAGAGCCUGGAUGAACUGGACGAUGAUGAUGGAGGGGAGAAGGAGCGGAAGAGGGAGGAAGAGCUGGUUCAGGCCAACACUUUCCAGAACGAGGCCAUGACUGCUGACCCCAGCACCGGCCACUUAAUGGAUACUCCGAGAUCUGGGAGUGGCCGCCAUAAGAGCUCUGCAGGGCCGGGGUCUGAGGAGGAGGGAGGGAACAGCAGACACCGACACGGCCGUCACGGCAGAGAUGGCGGCGCCGCAGCACCUGGAAGCCUGGAGAGAAGGAUGGAGGAACUGGAGAAGGAGCUGGCCAAAGAGCGUCAGGAGAAUGCGAGGCUGCUGAAGGCCCACCAGGACAAAGACGACCUCAUCGGGAAACUGAAGGAGGAAAUCGACUUGCUGAACAGAGACCUUGAUGACAUUGAAGAUGAGAAUGAGCAACUCAAACAGGAGAACAAGACUCUGCUGAAAGUGGUGGGCCAGCUGACGAGGUAGAACCUCUCUGCACGGCCCAGUCCCAUAUCGAACAACCCGACCUCCCCCCCAGAAUGGAGCAUCUCUUAAUCUCUCCCCUUUCCAAACCUCCUGCCCUGGGUCAAGUCCAUCAGCAUGGCCUUUAAUCUAUUUGAUUCUGUCUCUUGAUUUGUGUUACUCUGUGGAGGAGACCCCAUAAAGUAGUCCUCAGAGCCUCACAGCCUUAAAUGCAGCCCAUGAGGAGGAUGUGUUUCAUUUGUUGUGCAAGCUGAGUGAACUGGGGUGAAAGUUCCCCUGAUGCUCUCAUGGUAUCUUUAAUGUAAAUGUAUUGUACAUAGGUCAUUUAGAUUGUUCAUUUUUGAUAAAGUCGUAAAAAAAAAGCAACAUUAAAGUUAAAUGAAUGUAUGUCGUGCACCAACAAAGCGCACACAAGGUCUUUUCAAUGUUUUUAGCAGCAAAAAAAGUCUCUCCUCUGAUAUCUAUCCACUACUGUACACCUAUCAGUCACAUUGGUAAUUUCAAAUAACACUCAGUGUUGCAUUAUCGUAUUGUGUCCAAGGCCAUCAUAGUUUUCUCAUCUUGUCAUCUUGUAUGAUGGAGCCUGCGUCUAGCAUCACUUAGGCCAAAUUCAACACAUAAUCACUGCUACCAUCAGCCAAAGUGGACAUAAUGCCUUCCAAUGCAAGUGAGAUUUUUUUUUUGUGAAUAGUGAUAUUUCUUAUUUCUUGUUCCUUGUAAAAAUAGUUAAAGCCUGGUGCUUUUUUAAUUUUACAUUAAUGCCAGAUUUACUCUUUACUUCCAUGAGUUUUUGGUACAUUUGAAUCUAAACAGGUCAUAUAAGAAACCGGAAUGAAGUAAUGGUGUAGUAUAUCCUUCCGAUAAAAAUCACAAAAUUGAAGCAAGCAAGACUUUUACAUCGAUUUUAUGCUUUAACCAUUUCAAUGUUAACAAUUGACUAUUGUACUUAUCCGAAGUGAAAUGUUUUAGGGUUAAACCCUUCUGUAGUAUAUGUGGAAUUGUUGUUUCAGCAUUUUGCAUCUGUAAUUCAAGCGUUUACAAGUUUUUGACUUUGCAAUAUUGAUAGAUGUUUAGCUGCUCUCUGUAUAUGGCAACUGAGAUGUGUGGGGUAAGCUACAGCUGUGCAUUUUUUACCAAAUGAACCGAAGGAGCGUACUAUUUGAAAAUGCAUCUCUUUUGUUUACUCAAGGGAAUUGGCUUGGCUGGUAGAGGCAUAUUACCUUACCUAUCUGUAUUUAGAUCAUUGCAUUCCACUGAGGGGGGCGUGUUGUUCUGAGACAAACGUGCAGCUCCUGCAUCUUGUACUCUGUCCACUGAGUGGCAAAGAAUAUAUUUAGGUUUUAGGCGGUCAAUAGGCCACUCUGCUUCCACACACACUCACACAGACACACAUACAUAUAUGGGGGGAUCAGUCAGUCUCCUCACAGACAGACAGACACACACACACACACCACAAACCCAUCUAUCUCUCUCAAUUACAUUAUGCAUGUACAGAAGAUGAAGUCAUUUAAUAAAAGUUUGAUUAUCGCUCUUCUCA